AACUUCCGCAAGCAUGCCCACUAGUACCGUUGCACGCACUGUCUUAAGACACAUCGCACGUCCGUCGGCCCUUCGACAUGCUCACCUUCAAUCGAAGGUCCGUUCAUGUCAUCCAGCGGUCAAUGCGUCAUUGCGGAGCAAUGAGUACCGCUGUCACUCGUUCAUUGUACACCUAUAGCUGAACUCGCUGGCGAUCAUGGCUCGACUCCGCACACGACACAUUGCCUUAUGCGCCAUCCUCUUCCUAGCGAUCUUUUUCUUCCUGCCUAGAGACGACUCGACAUCCUAUCUCCCGCAUUUUAGUUAUGGCUCAUCGUCUCGGACCGGAACGCAUGCGCUUGCGCAGUACAUGAACGACCCGGCCCACGUCCCUGACAUCGUCGCCAAGAAGAGCAGCUUCGAUUGGAGCUCUGUUCGAUUCGCCCAUCCUCCUCUGUUGACGCCUACGUUGCCUCCGCCCGUCACCCAUCGACCCCGCAUACAACACCGGUUCAAGCCGGAUCGCGCAGAUGUCGCUGCAGUACAGGAACAGAGGCGCUUGGAGGUGAAACGUGUUCUUCAGAAGAGCUGGGCAAGCUACAAAGACAAGGCUUGGAUGAAGGAUGCGCUCAAGCCCAUAAGCGGACAGUACGUGGACCAGUUUUCGGGCUGGGCUGCCACGCUGGUGGACAGUCUGGAUACUUUGUGGAUAACGGGCAUGAGGGAUGAGUUCUACGAGGCCGUGGAAGCUGUCGCUACGAUCGACUUUGGGAAGAGCACUGCAGGUACGGUCAAUAUGUUUGAAACAUGCAUUCGCUACCUUGGCGGACUCAUUGCGGCGUAUGAUCUGAGCGGACACCAGGUUCUGUUGCAAAAGGCUGUUGAAGUAGGAGAUCUACUAUAUGCUGGUUUUAACACGGAGAAUGGGAUGCCCGUGGACUUCAUCAACUUCGAGACGGCAAAAGAGGGAACUGGUCUGCUGGUGGAGAGCCAGGUAGUCAGUGCGAGUCCGGGAACAAUCACGCUGGAGUUCAGUAGGCUGAGUCAGCUCACGGGUAACAGCAAGUACUAUGCAGCGGUAUCGCAGGUUAUGGACCUGUUCCACCAGCACCAGAACGAGACGAGUUUACCAGGCAUGUGGCCGAUGAUGGUGUCGAUGAACAAGAAAGACGUUGUAACUGGCUAUCAGUAUACAAUUGGAGGUAACGCAGACUCGUUGUACGAGUAUCUGCCCAAGGCACACGCGCUGCUUGGCUCUACAGAUCCUAGUUCUAAGAAGUACGAGAUUAUGUCUCGCUCCUUCAUGGACACGGCAAUGAAGAACCUCUUCUUCAGGCCCAUGAUUCCGGGAGGUGAAGACAUCCUCAUCUCUGGCAAUUGCGAUGUCAUGCCGGAAGGUCCACGCCUUGAUCCAGAGAGCGAGCACCUGUCAUGCUUUAUCGGUGGGUUAUACGCGCUAGGUGGUCGUCUUUUCAACGACAAUGAGUAUCUAGAAGCAGGAGUCAAGCUAGCUCGUGGAUGCGCGUACGCAUACAAAUCCUUCCCUACAGGCAUCAUGCCAGAGCGCUACAACAUGGCUCUCUGUCCCGGCGAGAACCACAGGCAAGGCUGCGCUUGGGACGAAGCUGCUUUUGCUGCCGAAGCCGAAAAACGCCUAGAAUACAAAUCAGACCUUCCAAAAGGCUUCACGACAGCCAAGGAUCCGCGAUACAUCCUCCGCCCUGAGGCCAUAGAGUCGGUUUUCAUCCUCUGGCGCAUCACCGGCGAUCCUUCGUUUCGCGAAACAGCUUGGGAUAUGUUCCAGGCUGUGGCGAAGGCAACCGACACCGUGUAUGCGAACGCAGCAGUCAUGGACGUCAACGCGCCUGGUGGUGGUAAGAAGGAAGACUAUAUGGAAAGCUUCUGGACGGCGGAGACACUCAAGUACUUCUAUUUGUGCUUCGCAGACACAGACCUUAUCAGUUUGGAUGAUUUUGUGCUGACCACCGAGGCGCAUCCGUUUCGGCUAUCGAGAGUGUCGUAGUUACAGCGAUCAAAUCUGUAUUAUGCAAGUCAACCGGUACACAACAUUUGUAGACCCUUACAGGGGUCACCUCGUGCGUAUUAAAGCCGGGCAAUGCACUCCGCAGACCCACUUGUUCUUGUGCAACUCAUUGAUUGGUGUUCCUGAAUUGGUAACAGCGGAUGGCCUAGCGCGCCUUCUCCUUGAAU